AGACCAUCAAAAUAUACUCGCACGUUCAGGAACAGGUAUCUCCUUGGAAGAAGAAUAAUAAGCGUUGCAGCUGCCAAGAACCAUACGCAUGUAUUCAUGGCCAGGAAGCGUGAAAGGACCCUUCCCAGGACACAGCCGUCUCGCAGUUGCUGUGGCGCUCGGAGCUGUCGGUGUCCUUCUAGUCCUCUGGGCGCUGAAACGUCGACAGAGAGGCGUCGAAGCGGGAAAGCUGUUGUUGGACCACUCGCAAACCUACAGCGUUUCGCUGCUGGAACGCCACGAGAUCACCCAUAAUACACGGCUCCUUCGGUUUGCUCUGCCCCAUUCGGAACAGACAUUGGGUCUUCAGGUGGGGAAGCACAUCUACGUCCACACCAAGAUAAAUGGGAAACUUGUCGUGCGGCCUUACACUCCCGUGAGCCUCAUAGACCAGAAGGGAAGCUUCGAUCUCAUCGUCAAGGUGUACUUCAAGAAGAACUCUCUGGGCUAUCCCGACGGUGGAACCAUGUCUCAGUACCUUGAUUCUCUGCGUCCAGGAGACCGCGUACAAAUUCAGGGUCCGAAGGGACGCAUGGAGUACAAGGGAAGAGGUGUGUUUUCGUUCCACAAUGGCCUCGUUAUCCACGAGGCAACCUCCGUGGGCAUGAUUGCUGCGGGUACAGGUGUGACGCCCAUGUUGCAGCUUCUGCGUGGGAUCUUUCACGAUGAAGAAGACCACACUGUGGUGUACAUGGUAUUCGUGAACCACAGCGAACGGGACAUCAUCAUGAAGGAAGAACUGGACGACCUGCAGCGGUCCUUUCCCGAGCAGUUCAGAAUCUUUUACGUGGUCACGAAGCGAUCGUCAGCCUGGUUGUACGGGAGCGGCCGCCUGAAUGCUGGACAUCUCAGGGGACACCUGCCUCCACCUGGGAAAGAGACGGUGAUUUUGAUCUGUGGACCCCCCGGCUUUGUGAAGGGCGCGUGCCAGCCGUCCCUUAACAAGCUCUGUUACAAUGCUGGGAAAGUGUACGUGUACUGAUGACAAGCGGGGUGCUGAGCGAUAAGAAGGAGCUUUUAUGAAAUAGCAAUUAGUUUUGCGUGGUGGGAAUUGAUGUUGUGAAGCUGUUCUGCUAGGAGAAAGGGAAAAAAAGAAAAGAUAAGGGGAAAAUAAACGUACGUUUUUUUUUAGAAAUAGCAGAAAAGAAGGAAUAAAGUCAUACUAGCGCAGAACUGCUUCCCUUUGCUGAGUCUCCCUAUAAAUAUAUAUGAAGUCUAUAUUAUGUACAUAUAUAUACACAUGUAUAUAGUAUGUACAGUACGUACGUAUGUUGCAGUAUGUAUACACAGUCAUAUAAGCUGUA